AUGGCCAACGUAUUCAUCCCUGUUCAUCUAUUUAUCGCGUCGUUCAUCUCUCUGUCAAUCUAUCUAUUUCUAUCGCGUCGUUCAUGUCUGCGUCUGUAUCUAUCUAUCGCGUCGUUCAUGUCUAUCUCUAUAUAUCUAUCUAUCGCGUCAUUCAUGCCUGUUUAUCUAUAUCUAUGGCGUCGUUCAUGUCUAUUUAUCUAUCUAUCUCUAUCGCGUCGUUCAUGUCUAUCUAUCUAUCUAUCUAUCUCUAUCGCGUCGUUCAUGUCUAUCUAUCUAUCUAUCUCUAUCGCGUCGUUCAUGUCUAUCUAUCUAUCUAUCUCUAUCGCGUCGUUCAUGUCUAUCUAUCUAUCUAUCUCUAUCGCGUCGUUCAUGUCUAUCUAUCUAUCUAUCUCUAUCGCGUCGUUCAUGUCUAUCUAUCUAUCUCUAUCGCGUCGUUCAUGUCUAUCUAUCUAUCUAUAUCUAUCGCGUCGUUCAUGUCUAUCUAUCUAUCUAUCUAUCUAUCUCUAUCGCGUCGUUCAUGUUUAUCUAUCUAUCUCUAUCGCGUCGUUCAUGUCUAUCUAUCUAUCUAUCUAUCGCGUCGUUCAUGUCUAUCUAUCUAUCUAUAUCUAUCUAUCGCGUCGUUCAUGUCUAUCUAUCUAUCUAUCAUUAUCUAUCUCUAUCGCGUCGUUCAUGUCUAUUUAUCUAUCUAUCUCUAUCGCGUCGUUCAUGUCUAUCUAUCUAUCUAUCUCUAUCGCGUCGUUCAUGUCUAUCUAUCUAUCUAUCUCUAUCGCGUCGUUCAUGUCUAUCUAUCUAUCUAUCUCUAUCGCGUCGUUCAUGUCUAUCUAUCUAUCUCUAUCGCGUCGUUCGUUCAUCUAUCUAUCUAUCUAUAUCUAUCGCGUCGUUCAUGUCUAUCUAUCUAUCUAUAUCGUCGCGUCGUUCAUGUCUAUCUAUCUAUCUAUAUCUAUCGCGUCGUUCAUGUCUAUCUAUCUAUCUAUAUCUAUCGCGUCGUUCAUGUCUAUCUAUCUAUCUAUAUCUAUCGCGUCGUUCAUGUCUAUCUAUCUAUAUCUAUCGCGUCGUUCAUGUCUAUCUAUCUAUCUAUAUCUAUCGCGUCGUUCAUGUCUAUCUAUCUAUCUAUAUCUAUCGCGUCGUUCAUGUCUAUCUAUCUAUCUAUAUCUAUCGCGUCGUUCAUGUCUAUCUAUCUAUCUAUAUCUAUCGCGUCGUUCAUGUCUAUCUAUCUAUCUAUAUCUAUCGCGUCGUUCAUGUCUAUCUAUAUCUAUCGCGUCGUUCAUGUCUAUCUAUAUCUAUCGCGUCGUUCAUGUCUAUCUAUCUAUCUAUAUCUAUCGCGUCGUUCAUGUCUAUCUAUCUAUAUCUAUCGCGUCGUUCAUGUCUAUCUAUCUAUAUCUAUCGCGUCGUUCAUGUCUAUCUAUCUAUCUAUAUCUAUCUAUAUCUAUCGCGUCGUUCAUGUCUAUCUAUCUAUCUAUCUCUAUCGCGUCGUUCAUGUCUAUCUAUCUAUCUAUCUCUAUCGCGUCGUUCAUGUCUAUCUAUCUAUCUAUCUCUAUCGCGUCUUUCAUGUCUAUCUAUCUAUCUAUCUCUAUCGCGUCGUUCAUGUCUAUCUAUCUAUCUAUCUAUAUCUAUCGCGUCGUUCAUGUCUAUCUAUCUAUCUAUAUCUAUCGCGUCGUUCAUGUCUAUCUAUCUAUAUCUAUCGCGUCGUUCAUGUCUAUCUAUCUAUCUAUAUCUAUCGCGUCGUUCAUGUCUAUCUAUCUAUCUAUAUCUAUCGCGUCGUUCAUGUCUAUCUAUCUAUCUAUAUCUAUCGCGUCACUCCUCUUUCUCCAUCUUUUCUUCCAAUCCCUGAAUAUUUUUCUCUCUGUCUUUAUCGAUCAUUUUAUAUUCGCUUGCUCAGCCGGAAGUCAUGAAAAUGUUGUCAGAUAUGUCCAACCCGUAUUUCUCAUCUUCUCCAGAGAGAAUAAACCUUCACCCGUCUAG